AUGCUACAGAAGCUCUUCAAGCAUUCAAGCUCCACACCUACCCUUAUCACUUCUCCGGCUACUUUCGAGACUCUCUGUCGUCUACUAGCUUAUCGAGAGGUCGAAGCAAAUGCAAUCAACAAGAUUUUGAGUAUAGUUAAUCUAAAUCAACUAAAACUAUGCGUGUCUAGUCUUGCUGCUGGUCCAGUCGCAGGCAAUCAAGCCUCUAGCUUGUCGACAUCCGUUUGCACCGAUGCCACAACCAGUUCCGCAGAAAUCACUAGCGGCUACGUCAAAGCAGCAAACUCUGGAGAAGACCCGGUCUCUUCCAGUUCUGUGGGCAGUAUCGUGAGAGCCUGGCCGGCUCAACUACCCAGUUUGGUGGAGGUAAUCGGCCACCGACUAGCCGAUUGCCUGAUGCCCGAAGUUCGUUUGCACUGUUUAGUUGGCUUAUCUCGUAUAUGGCGCCUUAGAGAUCACUUGCAGUCGCACUCUGCGGGAGGUCAAACAACUUGGAUGGGAAAGACUUCACUAACAGAAACCGACAGCAGCACAAUGACGGCGGAAAUUCCCCUUCAGCUGGUGUACUGGUGA